AUGUGGGUCAUGGGCGCAGCCAUUUUGAUUUAGUAAAUUCUGCCCUCAUCGUUAGUGAAUCGACCAAUGAUCUCACAGCAAUGGCGACUACUAUCCUGGAUUGAUUUGCGUUGUUCGACCGCUCAUAUUACGGAAUAACUUUGCAGAAUAUCCACAAAAACACUGCACUAAAGUUCAGAAGCAGGAUGGAUGGUCCAAUUAAACCAAUGAAAACUCCAAUUAGCAUCCUACAGGAGUUGUGCACUAAGCGCUCUUUAACCCCAAUUUAUGACCUUAUAGCCUGCGAGGGUGCUGCACACCAGCCCAAGUUUGUAUAUCGUGUAACCGUUGGAGAGCACACAGCAAAUGGCGAUGGGACCAGCAAAAAACAAGCGAAGCAUAAUGCAGCUGAAAAUGUUUUAGAGCAAUUUAAUGUAUCGGUUCCCAAACCAUCAACACCUUCACAAGAUGCCAGUAAUGGGUCCACAGAGGCUGAUGGAAAUUCUGUGUACAAUGAUGGCAUACCAGGCAACCCCGUUGGGCAGUUACAGGAGCUUGUUGUAGCCAGGCACUGGAGAAGACCAGACUAUAUCCAGAUUAGUGAAUGUGGUCCCCCACAUUCCCGGGAAUUCAUCAUUGCAUGUAGAGUGCAUAGUUUCCAAGAACAAGGUAAAGGAAGGUCAAAAAAGAUUGCGAAGAGAGCUGCUGCCUGGGCUAUGCUGCAAAGAAUUCAAGAUCUACCUCCUGAUGCUGAAAUUGGACCAGCUGAUUAUGAACUUGACACCGGUGCAGGGGUGCCUAGCAACAUAUCUAAAAGUAAAAGUUUAACAUUAUGGGGAUCACUUCAUAACCCAUCAGGAGAGAAAGUAACCAGGCUGAAAUCAUCUUCACUUAGUGUACCAGAUACCAAUUAUUGCACACUACUCCAAGAGUUAGCAGAAGAACAAAAUUUUGAAGUUCGGUAUAUUCCUAUAGAAGAAUUAAGCCAGAGUGGCCAACAUCAAUGUCUUGUCCAGCUGUCCACCACUCCUGUGGCAGUCUGUCAUGGUACCGGUCAAACUGUAGACGAUUGCCGUGCAGAAGCUGCCCACAAUGCACUACUGUACCUUAAGAUCAUGGCCCGCAAGGCGUUAGCAACCCCAGGCAGUAAAUAG